GCCUUUUGGAUCGUAUGUAAUCACGGAGUUCUGUCUGAAACUGCAAAAACUUCAGAGGAAAACUCCGACGAUUUGUCAUACAGAAAUCAACUCUCAGAAUAUUAGCUGUCGGGCUGCCGGGAUUUUUGUUUUCAGAUUGACAGUUUAGUAACCGCGCAUUGGGAGUCCCCGUGAAUUGACGUGAUUAUGGCCCAAAGAGCGGAAGUUCACGUGAAUGUGGCUGAUUACGUGGUGGCACGUGAUGGAGCAGAAGCCAUUCUAGUGUCUCUAGUGAAAUAUUUGGCCGUGCAGCGUCGCCAAAUCCCGUAUUCGUACACAAUUCUGUGCAACUUGAGCGAUCGUGUCCGGCAGCAGGAGACUGAAGCUCCGUCCUGGAAGGAAUUCCAGUUGGAUAAGCAACGGAAGCUGGUCAACAGCACAGUUUUGGGCUACAAGCAGCUCUUCCAGGCAAUUCAUGUGGCUUUUGCGAAUAAAGUCCAGGAAGCUGUGCUGCUCUUUGGUGCCACAGCCUUCACGCCCAAGGAAGCGUGGUGGAUUGAGUUCCCUGAGAGUGUGCAGAAACACGAUCCGGGAGUUGUGCAUCAUGGGAAGGUGCAGGAGAUGGCUGAUCACACUGUGAUGACUAUUAGCGGUCGCCCGGAACUCUCGGAGAACAUGUCGAGGGAUUUUCAUACCACUAAUAUGUACUUAAUGCUGAAAUUUGCCGGGGAAGCUCCCAAGGAGUCUCGCUUCCGGGAGGCAUUCACAGAGAGGGAUGUUUUGCACCUUCCGACGAGCUGUCACGUGUCCAAGAUCACUCUCCAGAAUGAACCCACGAACGAGACAUUGGCAAAUUGCUGUGCUGAGAUGAGCGUCUUUGGAUUCUCGGGAUUUACGGGAAAGGCUCGAAGCUACGCGGAUUUGUUCCGCCGAAACGCAACGCAGAAGACUGAAGAGAGUCGCUGGUACGAGUGUGCCGAGAGCGUGAAGGGAUACAACCACGUCCUGGUGAAGGGAAAGGACAUUUGGAAUCUUUAGCCAUUGGCUGUGUUAUAUUGAGAGAUUGAUGUCUGCCUUACUACAAUAAACGACUCCUUGAAUUAGA